UUUGUUCAUCAAUUUGAUCUUCUUGUCCUUAUAUUAGGUCUUAAAAGAUGUGGGAAGAGCUGCAGAUUGAGGUGGCUUAAUUACCUGAGACCCAACAUUAAACAUGGUGAAUUUUCUGAUGAGGAAGACAAAAUUAUCUGUUCACUCUACGCUAAUAUCGGAAGCAGGUGGUCAAUAAUAGCAGGUCAAUUACCAGGAAGAACAGACAAUGAUAUCAAGAACCACUGGAAUACAAAGCUGAAGAAGAAACUCUUUGCCAAAUUCUCACCACCCUUUUCCCAAUCCCACUCUCUCUCUACCCUCUACACCUCUUUCUACACCCAUGCUACUAAAUCUCUCACAGACAUUUCGUCGAACACCUCAUCUUCACAAAACUAUCUCAACAGCCAGCCGCCAUUUUUCUUAACCAAUCAGUUUCCUAAUUACUACCAACAAAACCAGGGUUUUCAGUACAAUAACCAACCUGUUAAAGACAGCAACAUGCUCGUGUUCGGAGGGGUUAAUAAUGAAUCUGCUGCUGCCAGCUGUUCUUCUGAUGGGAGCUGCAGCCAGAUCAGCUAUGGCGGCCAUGAAGAUAAUAAUCAGAAGUUUAUGCUGCAGUACUAUGGGAAAAAUAUCGUUAAUGGAGAUCCAAUUCUUGAUCAUCAUCAUCAAAAGCUGACGAAUGGGGUUGUUGAAAACAGUGGAUUAGAGUAUGAUCUUGAGGAGGUUAAGCAAAUGAUUAUUACUAAUGACAGUUUGUUGUUCGGCGACGAGAACAAGUUUGUAGAUGAGAGGGGGGUGUUUUAUUAUUGAUUAAUCCAAUAAUUAACCUUCAUUAAUUAAUUAAGUUAAUUAAUUACCCCAUGUGAGGGAUUUGCUGUCGUUGGAUGAAAAAAGAUUGCAGUUUUUUUUUUUUUUUUUUUUUAUGGGGUUUUGUUUUGUGAUGGAAAAUUAAUGAAGAGAAAGCCUUUUUUUUUUGGAAUUAAAUCGGAGGGAUUAAAUCGGAUUUAAUAGUAUCGGAAGAGAAAAAUCCAAAAAAAAUGAUUGCACUCUUGUUUAAAGAGUCUUGAAAAUUGAAAAUUCGGAAUGAAUAAACUUGAUCCAAAAUUAACAUUUGAUAUUUUAGAAUUUGAAUUGUCCGUUAUUCGGAAAUUCUAUUUAUUUAUUUACGAUAUUAUAAGUG